GCGUGCUAUGCUCAAGUCUUCCCGUGCGGGAAUUGAACGAAUGAGGAUAGUUCCACGUCAAUUUCGUCUUGAAACAUCUUUUUCCCCUUUUCAUCGGCAUUUAAUAAAAAAUAAAUUGUAUGUCAUGAAAGAGCAUUAGUAAUAGAAUACACAGGAUAUAAAUUUUUUAUCAUCAAAUUAUGAUUUACCACCGAAAAUUGUGUGUAAAUGUUACCCCUUCGUCGACAACCAGCUAUCAACGGUAACUCAAUGCGUUUUCGUAGCCGGUGAAAAAGGUGCGGUCACUGUGUGAAAACUGAAACUGCUGUGAGCUGUGCUGUGCGUGGAAGAAUCUAUUAAAAUUGCUUCUGCCGGGCGUUGGACUGAACUGAAGAGGAUCGCUUUGACUGAACCAAGAGUAAAGAUCAAUUUUUCAAGAUGGAAGUCCUCGUUCUUCUUGGACAUAUUCCGGCAUUCCUUAGUAUAUUCCUCACCGUGCAGGCAUGGUAUUUCAUAUAUGUGAAUUUUCUACCUUUUGUUGGACAAUUACCAUACCUAAAACGUGUGAAUCCAUACAAAGCUUGUCUACGAAUUGGAUACAUUUUGUUGCCAUGGUGUGAAUUUUUGGACGUUAAGAUUCGAGUCCCAGACUCGGCAGAAGAUGAAGAUAUUGAUUUGGGAGAUCAUGAAGAAUCACAUACUAGUUUCAAGAACAAGGAUGGUUUAAUAGACAGUGAUCUGGAUUAUGCAGAGGAGCAGAUCGCAGCUUACAGGAAUUUCUUUGUCAACUUGUACCGCAUCUUACCAUUCCGCUCAUUAUCGAGGUUAUGGGGUCGGGUGAAUAGUUUGGAGGUACCGCUCUUUCUCCGGGCUCCCAUGUACAGUCUCUAUGUACGGCUUUUCAACUGUAACCUUAGUGAGGCUCUGGUAGAAGAUCUCAAGCAGUACAGAAAUCUGCAGGAUUUUUUCAUGCGAGAACUCAAGCCAGAUGUAAGACCAGUGGAUGCACAUCAUAUGCUGGUCAGCCCAUGUGAUGGUAGAGUCCUCCAUUUUGGUAAAGUAGAGAAGAGCAAGCUGGAGCAAGUCAAAGGCAUCACCUAUUCCCUCAAGGACUUCCUAGGACCAAACUCUACCAACUCGGAUACUGUAGGCAAUGAAUAUGAGGUUUCCGAUGAGGAUUAUCAUUCUUCCCUUUGUCAGAAGGAAGGUACCAGUCUGUAUCACUGUGUGAUCUACCUGGCCCCUGGAGACUACCACAGGUUCCACUCACCAACAGACUGGACUGCACAUCAUAGAAGGCACUUCCCAGGUGAACUGCUGUCUGUUAACCCUGGCAUCGCUAGAUGGGUGAGAGGCCUAUUCAACUUUAAUGAGAGAGUGUGUAUCACAGGAGACUGGCAGCACGGCUUCUUCUCUUUCACUGCCGUGGGCGCCACCAAUGUAGGAUCCAUCUCCUUUUACUGUGACGAGGAGCUGUGCACAAACCUAACAGGGAAGUGCAAGCCUGGCGCCUACUACGACAAAAGUUUGAAGUCAUGCCGGAAAGAGAGAGGUGAUCACGACGACGGUGUGGCGAUGACCAAAGGGACGGGUAUAGGUAGCUUUAACCUCGGUUCAACCAUCGUCCUUGUCUUUGAAGCACCUAAAGACUUUAACUUUGUAUUCAACAGUGGGGAUAAGAUCAGGCUAGGGGAGAGACUAGGUUCCCUCUGAGGGAGGGUUGGUUGAUCUGUAGAUGAACCCUCCCUUUAGAUGUAUCUUCCUAAGCUAUCUGCAUGUCAGAUAAGGACUACUAUACCACCACCACCACCACUUCAAAACUGUGCUCUUGAACUCCCUCCCGUCAUACCAGCAGAUGGACCGCCGCCAAAUGGAGUAGCCAGCCAGCCAGCAGAUUUCUAUUUGUUGCAUAUAUGUAUAUAGGAGAUGCUAUCUGAAAGGUUGAAUGAAAGAUGAUCAGUGCAAGGAAAAUUUAAAGUUUAUUCGUCGUCAAAUUGGGGGAAAUCUUUGUAUGUGUAUUUUUGUCUGAGAGAUAUUUUGUAUUGAAGAAAUCGGUAUCAUUAACAAUUUCCUAUAAUCUGUUUGCUCUAUCUGGUCAUGAUGGGCUCUUAUAUAAUUUGACCCCCCCCCCCCCCCAUGUGCAGUAUUAUCUUAAGAAUAUCUCACUGAAUAUAAAUUGUGAAGUUCAAUGCACUGGUAAACCAUAAAUGUUGGUAUGAUAUGACAUUGUGUCAGGUAAAAUGUUUACUUCUAAAUAUCCUGUACACAUUCAAAUGUAUUUCUUUUUUCCUUUUUUUUUUAGUUCUGGACUUUUCUUCGGCAUUCUGUAAGUUUCAGCCAGUGAAAGAAGAUUGUGUUACUGUGAACAUUUUUGUUGGACCAACUCAGAUUCAUACAUGCUGAAUUAUAUUGAACCUUCUAUUACAUAACACAUGUCUCUAUUGAUACAAGGAUAUCCAAAGGGGGUACACAAUUUUACCAGACCCUGCCCACAUUAAAUUAUUUUGAUAGAGAUGGAGAUGCUUUUACAUCUACAUGUUGCUCUUAUUUUUUUCUUCCCAAAAUGGGGUUGAUGGUGGACAAUGACUUGCAUUUUCAUGCUAAUAUUAGUGCCCUAAUUGUGUACAAAUAGAUACCUGUAGUUAGUCAAAGGGGGGCUGGAGAAAUAUGAUACUGUGGUUUCAAAUAUUUUGAUAUGAUUUUACUUGGCUGAUAUGAAGCCAUUUUCUCAGACUUUGGUUAAUCCAAUGAUUAUAUUUUUUCAGUUGCCAUGGUUAUUUUCUGCUAAAUAUUCGGAUCCAUUCACCACUACCGUUUAUGUUAAUGUACAUUUAUGUCUCCUCCGACAAUAGACUGAACAUAACAUUCAGAAUAAAAAGAAAACGACCUAGAUGAAAUGUAUUCUAUUUCAAUCAGAUAAAAAAGUUCCCUUUUUGGGGAUGUAUAAUGAUUGGUUUAGCAUGGGUCUUUAAACGUAAUUUGAACAGAAGCAAAAUAUUUUCCUGUCAUGUCCAUUUCAUGUGCUUAUCUCACUAUAUAAAACUUUUUUUUUUUUCUUUGUGUAAUUUCUGCUGAGAAAGAAAACACAGAGGCAGAAAAUAGCACAUUACAAAUUCAAAUGGAUGGCCCCUAAAUGUACUUACAUACAUGUACAUGUAGCUGUGUUUUAUGAGGUACAGGGGCGGGUUUCAUAAAACUUGUUAUCUCUAACAAAUGCUAAAUUUCUAUGACAAAUAUGCUCUCAGCCAAUCAGAUGCCAUGAUUUCAGGAGCUUAUAACAGUAGAUUGUAACUUGUUAUUGAUAUCAAGUUUUAUGAAACAAGGCCCAGAUCUUAUGUCUUUGUAUUUUGCCACAGUUACAGAAUCAUGGGUGAACAAAGAUGAAAACCCAAUUCACAGAUUUAUGUGACAUUACAAAAUUAUCAUGACAUUACAAUUCCACGCUACCGGUAGAUAUUAAUGAUAUGGUAUUGCCAUUGAAAAUGAAAUGCACUUAAUGAUCCAUUCAUCGCAUUGCGCUGGUAGACAGUUUACUUUGAUAUUUAUGAGAUUGACCAAGUCAUUGAUAGUUGAAUAUGUGAAAAGCAGAUGAAUUAUUAAAGAUUAAAGUAUAUUAUAGCAAUUUGCAAUGCAAACAUAUAUACAUGUAAUGUGAUUUAAACAGAGCAAAGUAUAUUGUAGCAGUUUGCAAUGCAAAAUAAAUAUUUUUCACCAAAGAGGCUUGGAUCUUCCAAGUUAUGGUGAAAAAGAAGACAAUUUUACAGAUUGUUUGUAAAAGUAUAUAGUAAUUAUAAUUAAAAUAUUAUUUUGGUGAACCGUUGCUUUUCCUUCUGUCCUUGGAUCACAAAACAUGGCAAGUGGUUAAAAUUCCUGGGGUUGUUUCACAAAGAUCCUAGGUUGAACUUAACAAUUAUGGAAAGCAGUUAGUAUAUUUGAAAAUACUUACUAAUACUAAUACUUACUAGACCAUGGGUUAUGUAAAUGAAGGUAUAAACCAUGGGUUAAUUUUAAACCUCCUUUGUGAAUUCAGGCCAUUCUGUUUAUCAGAAAAUGGGGACAGGUUUCAUGGUUGUAAACGGCAAUAUUGUCCUGGUAUUCAAAGAUAUAUAUAUAAAAGUAAAAUUAAAGUCACAUUGCAUCUGUAGAAAUCUCAAUGUGAUUGUUCUCACUUUUGGUACUACUACUCCUCAAUCAAAUCUUAUCCAUUCAAUGUGUGGGCAUACACAUUUCUGACUUUUAUUGCAUAUACAAAUGUUUAUAAGGUGUUUUUUUUAAGAACGAGACGUACAGAAAUGGCGAACGAUCCAUGUACUUAUUUUCAGUACUGACAAGUUUCGUCAUCCUGGUAUCUUAGCAUUCGUUGAAUCGCCGGCAGUAGACAGCCUGAAAUGUAGUUUAUUAUGGACGGAAGUCAAGUAUGAACAUGAACAGCCUUGAUCAAGAAAGUGAUCCUAGAAUUUCAUCAUAAAAACUUCCAUAGCAAUCAGAUAUUAUUUAUUGAUAAUACUGUAAGUGAUGUUAAUUUGGAUUAACUACCGUCCUUUGACAUAGAUUUGUGUAGAGCCCCAUCCCAUAUCAUAAUGAUCUGUACUGUACUGUGCCAUACAUUGUAGAUGUUUGUCACACCGGCUGAGUCAAUUAAAGGGAAAUGAAAUAUGAUGAAAAGCUAUAAA